UGCACUAAAUUAAGAAGAAAGAAAGAAAUUAUUGUAAAUAAUUCAAAUAGUUGAUAUCGAAUUUAUCUGUGGGGGCGAGAGAGAGCCUCUCAAGCAAGCGCCCACCUCUCGAUUUUCGUCUCUAACAUUUUGUACAAAUUAAUUACAUACACAAUCACUUUUCUCUUUUUAUUUUUUUGUCUGUAAAUUUUCGUGUAAUAUUCUUAUCUGGAAAUAUGGCUAAUUAUGAUCUUGUACCGGGGCUAGAAGAAGAAGAAGAAUCAGAGGUUGAAAUGAAAUCCUAUUCAGGUGGUGGGACAAAGCAUGAAGGGAAGUCCUCCACCAGCGCCGCCGCUAAGCCGUCGGCGGCGGCGGCGGCGGGAUGGACUGGUCAUGGGUUGGUGGUGGGUGAUGGCAGUAGGGUGCAAACAGAUGAAUGGGAUUCCAGCAUCUACUCAUGUCUUGGAAAGAAUGAUGAGUUCUACAGCAGUGAUCUUGAAGUUUGUGUUCUGGGUUGUUGUGCUCCUUGUGUGCUUCAUGGAAGCAACGUAGAGAGACUAGGAUCAAAACCGGGUGCAGCAACCUUCGCUACUCACUGCUUGCCUUACACCGCCCUUUACUUGUUGGGCAACUGCUUCUUCGGCUUCAAUUGCUUCGCACCAUGCUUCUCCUAUCCCAACCGCACCGCCAUUCGCCGCAAAUUCAAUUUACAAGGCAGCUGCGAGGCCGCGGCCAAAUCCAUCGGCUGCGAGGACAACAUCAGGAUGAACGAGCUCCAGCGCGAGCACUGUGAGUCCGCCUGCGACUUAGCAACCCACGUCUCGUGCCAUCCGUGCGCCCUCUGCCAGGAAGCUCGCGAGCUACGUCGUAGGCUUCCUCAUCCGGGGUUCACGGCCAAACCUGUGAUCCUGAUGCUUCCGCCUGGAGGGCAGACGAUGGGCCGUUGAGUUGAGCCUACAGAGUUAGAUCAUAAAAACCAGUGUAUAUAUAAGCCUUGCCUGAGGCUCCUAGCUAGACAGACCCUCAGAUGAUUUUUGUAUAAAGAGUUUGACUUCAGAUUUAGACAAAGUUUUAAACAAACUGCAA